UGGCUCGUGUCGCUGCCACUUCAGUUCAGCCUAGUGGCGCGCGGCAGGGCCGCUACCGGCGGGCGCGUGAGCGGCGGCGGCGGAAGUGGUCGGCGAGCCUGCUCCCCGCCGACAGCAUGCUUCCCCUGUCGCUGCUGAAGACGGCUCAGAAUCAUCCCAUGUUGGUGGAACUCAAAAAUGGGGAGACAUACAAUGGGCACCUGGUGAGCUGUGAUAACUGGAUGAACAUUAACCUUCGAGAGGUGAUCUGCACAUCCAGGGAUGGGGACAAGUUUUGGCGGAUGCCCGAGUGCUACAUCCGUGGCAGCACCAUCAAGUACCUGCGUAUCCCCGAUGAGAUCAUCGACAUGGUCAAGGAGGAGGUGGUGGCUAAGGGCCGGGGCCGCGGCGGCCUGCAGCAGCAGAAGCAGCAGAAGGGCCGAGGCAUGGGGGGUGCUGGGCGAGGUGUGUUUGGUGGCCGGGGCCGAGGUGGGAUCCCAGGCACAGGCAGAGGUCAGCCGGAAAAGAAGCCGGGCCGACAGGCGGGCAAACAGUGAGCCGACCCUCCGUCCGUCCCCGAGAGACUGAGCCGCCGCUGAGCAUCUGCUCCCGCUCCCUGAGGCUGUGUUUCUACUCUCCAGGUCACAAGUGUGUUCAGAACAAAAAGAGGCAGGUGUUGGGGAAGAGCCCCCCUCCCCGCCUGUCAUUUUGUGAUCCU